AUGUUCUCCAAGUCUGCUGUCCAGCGCUGUGCGCUCUCACUUCUCCGUCAAAGCAAAGCCCAGAAGGCUGCUGUUGGCGUGACGAGAUGUUUGUCCGUCUCACAAGCCAGAUGCUCCGAGUCCAAGCCCAGCAAGGAAGAGUCCUUCGCUGCCAUCCAAGCCCAUCUCAAGAAAGGCAUUGGUUCAACAGGAACUGUUAAGCUGUACGACGAUAUCGGCAAGAACUAUGAAGUAUACAUGGGCACCCUCGAGUUCAGCGCCCCUACACAUCUUGGCAAGAUCGUGUCUCGUUUGUCAGGGUCAAACAAGGACAUCAGCAUCAUCGACAUUGGCGCGGGCUCUGGUCUUGGCGGUGUUGCGCUGAACCAAAAUGGCUUCAAGAACGUUGAUGCUUGCGACGCCUCCCAAGGCCUGCUCGAUGUUGCUAAAGAGAAGGGAGUCUACAACAAGUUCUACUGCCAAUUCUUGGGUGACACAAAACUGCCCAUCCCUGACCAGACCUACGACAUGGCCACUAUCUGUGCUGCUAUGGGAGAAAACCACAUCCCUAAGUCAGGCUUCGAAGACAUCAUCCGUAUCGUCAAAAAAGGUGGUUACAUCGUGAACGUAUUCAGAGAGGAGGCUCAGCGUGUACCGUGGUACGAGGAGGGACUUGUGCCCUUCAUGAAGAAACUAGAGGCUGAUGGAGUCUGGAGGGAGGAAGUGAGGGAGAUCUUCCCCGAGUUCUUGCCCGGUCUCGAGGGAAUCAUCCUUGUGCACAGAGUCUUGUAA